GAGCACACGUCGAACCGGGCUAAGCUGCGGGCGGCGAUCGCGGCGCUGCAGUUCCGGGCGUGGGGCCGCGAGGGCUGGAGGCGGGUGGUGGUGCUGACGGACCUGGCGUACGUGGCCGAGGGGGCGACGAGGCUGCUGCUGGCGUGGGCGGCGAGGGGUUGGCGGGUGAAGAGGGGGAGGGCGCGGGGGCCGGGGGGGAGGCGCAUCGCUAAUCGGGACUUGUGGGUUAAGUUGCAGGGCGCUGUGGAUGCGCUGCGGGGGGAGGGGUGCGAGGUCUCGUUUUGGCUUGUUAGGGGGAGGGAUGUGGGCGGGUUGGGGGACUACAUGUGCGGUGCGAAGGAGGCGGCGCGGGAUGCGGCGCGGCAGUGCCCUGCUGUGGAUACAGAGGAGUUUACGAAAUUAUACGGCCUCUUGCUGUGA